AGCCGCUUACCCUGACUCGGGCUAUUGUGAAGCACACAAGUGGCUCACUGAAGAGAGGGAGGCGAGGAAGAAAGGGUGGGGUCAAGGUUCAAGCCAAAGUCUCCCGUCGAGACUCCCUCCCUGUUAUCAAAUUUGUUGAGACACAAAAAGAGCUUCAGUCUCAUUGGAGAGAACAUCUUGAGGGAGAAAGAGAGAGGAGAGGUGAGAGGACCGCGCUCUUUGUCUAGCAGGGGCCCCCGUCUUGUCGUCCAGGCUCCAGGCGCUGCUCUGCUCCGCUGCACCAACCAACUUUUUUCCUUCAACAAUCUCUGAAACAAAGAUGGAGUCGGCAACCACAGAGCUGCCCGUCCUGUUGUCCAAUCAGUCUUCACAAAGCUGUGCGCCGGCAGAGUCGACGACAGAGAACAUCCUAUUUGGAAGCUUCUACAUCCUCGUCUUCUUCCUGGCGCUCAACGGCAACAGCCUAGCUCUCUGGAUCUUCUCCCGCCAGCGCGGCACGUCUUCUCCCGCCAACAUCUUCCUGACUCACCUGGCGGUGGCCGACCUGUCGUACGUCGUCAUCCUCCCUCUGAGGGCCACCUACCACCUCACCGGGGGCCACUGGCCGUUCGGGGAGGUGCCCUGUCGACUGGCGGGCUUCUUGUUUUAUGUCAACAUGUACGCCAGCUUGUACUUCCUGGCCUGCGUGGCGGGGGACCGCUACCUGGCGGUGGUCCAUGCCGUGAGGUCGCUGAAGGUUCGUCGUGCUCGCUACGCGCACAUUAUCAGCUUUAGCCUUUGGGCGCUGGUCACCAUCUCCAUGGCGCCCCUGCUGGUGACGCACCAGACGGCGGAGGUGGACGGCACCACGGUGUGUUUGCAGCUUUACCGAGAGAAAGCGUCUCGUAACGCGCUCAUCUCGCUCGCCUUGGCCUUCACGCCGCCCUUCCUGGCCACACUGUCCUGCUACCUGCUCAUCAUUCGCAGUCUUCACCAGGGCUCCAGGUUAGAGCCCACCCUCAAGCUGAGGGCGCUGCGCACCAUCGGCCUGGUCAUGCUCAUUUACGUGGUGUGCUUCCUGCCGUAUCACGUGAGCCGGGCCACCUUCAUCCUGGGCUACAGCCACCCGGACGUGUCCUGUCAGACCCGCAGAGGCCUCAGUCUGGCCAACCGCCUCACUUCCCUGUUCACCUGCCUCAACGGCGCCAUGGACCCGCUCAUCUACCUGUUCGGGGCCGAGAAAUUUCGAGGGACUCUGAUGCGACUGUUUUGCAAAGACAAGGCGGCAGCGUCGGGGGCCACCAGCGGGGAGUUGAAAGGAACUCAUGAGAGUUCUCUGAGUGCCAAAUCGGAAUUUUGAACUUGGGGAAUCUAAAUGGUUGGCAAAAUGCUUUGCGAAUGCAGCUACAUGUGUUCCAAACAGGGACCAGUUGUUCACGAUGAUGCCUUAGCCUGAUCUGAAAGGCCUUUUUUGUGUCCACAGCCUCUUUCACACAGAUUCUACAAAAAGCGUAACAUUUAUCCGCCUGUGCCUUUCACACAGAAUCCAGCAAACUCCUGAUGCCACUUUCCACUAUUUCCUUUUCAGCGGCCACCAUCUUGCUUCUGUUACGCCUUUGAUAGUACCACUAAAGGCGCCAAAAUCAUUUGUAGACUACAGCAAUCCCCAUUCCGUGUUGGUGCUUUUCAUACAGAAAAGCAACAGAAAAUUCCAUUGCAGCAAUGACCCAAAAAGUGCUUUAUUUUAGUACGAGGUGAUAAAAAAGAAAUAUGUACAAGAAAUAAUAUUGUAUUUGUGCUUACUGUGUUUGUAUCAAUCCACAUGCUGUGUGUGUACUAAUUAACCGUGUUACCUUAGCUUAGUUGGUUAGUUUCAUGCCUAAACAAAAAAAGUAUGAAAUGAGUCUGUGAAUUUGGAAAUGCGCUUUUUUCAGGCCAAAUAACUGCUGGAAGCUGUUUUCAACUGCAAGGAAAUGUUAAGCGGUGGCUGUGCCAAGUUGAGUAGGUCAGGCGCUAACAGUGAAUUUGUACCUUUAGGGGUAAAAGCACCAGAGGUGUGGACUCGAGUCUGACUCAAGUCACAGUUUUGAUCACUUGCAACGUGACUUGGACUUUGACAUCAGUGACUCAGGACUUGACUCGGACUUUAGUCAGUCGACUUGAAAAUACUUGACAUUUUCAUUCAAUGUGUUGAGUAAAAUGUGUCCCUCAAAGUAUUCAACUAACGUGACCGUUAUUUUCAUUUUCAGCAAGACAGCAAAUCUUCCCCUUGAAUCUGCAUCAUUGAAUGCAUCAAUUAACGUCCAAUCAGGUUUAAGAACAAUGAGGGUGUGCAUUACAUGAAUCCUGAGUGCUAAAUGUCAGCAUUCUUUUUCUAUCUAACUAGGUCUGGUCACACUGGUCUCAUUUUAUAUAUAUAUAUAUAAAAAAAAAAUUCUAAAUGCAUUAAUUGCAUUUGUCAAAUGUAGUAGAUUGUUGCAUUGUUAAAAUGGCAUUUUAUUUGAGAGACUACACAGACUCAAAUUUCAAGGCCAUGACUUGACAUGAGAUGAAAGACUUUAGGCUUACUUGAGACUUGCAAAACACUGACUUGCUCUCACCGCUGACAAUUACUGUACUAAGGGUCUGCUUUUAUACUCUUGAUAAUUGUUUUUCACAGUUUUUGUUUUAUUUUCUUUUUUACCUAGAAAUGUGGGCACUAGCAUUGAAUAAUCACAGCUGCCAUUUUGACAUCAAUUUAAUUUAAAGUACUGACAGACCUUUCUGAAAACAUCAAACACUGUGGAGCUACUUCAGCAGAUGCUACAAUAUUAAGUAAAAAUAAGAAAUACACUAUACUCACCUAAACUGCUGCUCUAUUUUGUAGUUUGUUUGUUUUGUUUUAAUGCUAACUGUACCGUCUGCCCUUUUGUAUUUUAGCUUUCCAUUAGCUGUUGGAUACAAAAAAAAAAGCCACAAAAUCACUGCAAAUGUAUUUUAGCUUGCUAGCUUGAGAUGUGUUUGCUAGUUCUGCUCAGUGGCCUCAGUUGACCGGCCAAUCAGAAUCAUUUUCCUGCCCGUCAACACAGGGCUGAAGUCUGAUUGGACGAAGGGUCUGUUUUGAACUUCUUUUUAUCUGGCAACAAAGAUAAAUCACCAAUCACCAAUGUGUUAUGUGAGCAUAUUAGCGCGUUAGCAUCUAGCUAAACGUACAACAUCACAGAGGCACUAGAUUAAGUAUUAUUAAGUAUACUUGUAUAUAUCUGACUGUAUCUAUUGCCAGUAUUACUUUGUGCUUGACAAAUCCUCAUUGUACAUACUGUAUAAUAAUUGCAUGUAUUUUUUUGUUACAUUUGUAUGAUAUUGCACUUCUGCAUGACAACUAACACACUUAUUUUACUGUGGGCCCUUGGCAACAACAAUAAACAUACUGCU